UGUGCGUGACCUACUGUCUGUCUGAUGACUCCAUACUUACUUAUAAACUGCACAAAUUUAGUUUUUUUUUUUUUUUUUAAUUAUUUCAGAGGAUGAGGUUUUGGAUCGUUUUAUUUUCCUGCAGUUUAAAAGUGAAAGUUCAACACUGGCUAAAACACAGUUUUCUGACCACCUCCCCUCUACCCACAAGCCCCACGCACGCCCAUUCCUCAGAAGACGCACACGAGAGAGUUACACUUGAUCAGUCUUUACGCAGCUCUCCAUGGGCUCUGCGUUCAAUGGAGCGCCUCUGAACUCCAGACUUUUACUCGCUGGGGAGGCUUUAGAAAAGCUGUUGGGCUGAUCCAAAGUUGAGGCGACAUGUCGGCCGCGCAGGGACUUCUCAACAGCGUCUUUUCCUGCUCCUCUCCUGCCUCCAAAGCAAUAGCCAAGAGGAGGCUGCGCCAAACCCGCAGCCUGGACCCGGCUAUCAUACGGCACUGUGGGACCGGGACCGAUGGGAUGAGCGGGGCGCAAUUUGCGGCCGCCGACGCAGGUGCGCCGUCGGGUGCGAAGCCGGCUUUGCGCGCCAGGAUCCCGACGCUGAAAGAACCCAUCACGCCGUCGGUCUCCUCCCCAUCCAUACCUUCGGACGUUUCUCCUUCCUCCAAUUUCCACUUCGACUAUGAUAUCGCCAAGCGCCCGAAAAGGAAUACCGCGGGGGAUUUACCGUUUAUGGUGAGGGGAGCCGGCGCUGCGCAGUCGGGGAGCACCGGCGCGCUCUUCUCGCCGCGGAGGUGGCUGCAGAAGAAAGUUCAGCCGACCUGCCCUCAUGCGUAUGUCGUGUGGAAAUCGGAGGGGGAUUUCACCUGGAGCAGUCUGUCGGGGCGGAGCGUACGCCUGACUCCAGUUGCCGUCCAGAGCCUGUCAGAGCUGGAAAGAGCCAGGCUGCAGGAAGUAGCCUACACCCGCUUACUCCAGGACUAUGACCUGGGAUGUCAAAUAACCAUCCCAAAGGAUGGACAGAAGAGGAAAAAGUCAUUAAGAAGGAAGCUGGACUCACUAGCCAAAGAAAAGAGCAAAGACAAAGAGUGUGUACCCCAGGCCUUCAGCAUACCCCUGUCCCAGGUCAUUGCCAACGACAGAGUGCACAGGCAGCGCCAGGAUGCCUACCGCCUGGACCCUCCGCAAAGGGAGGAGCACAAAGACUCCUCCGAUCUUGUGUCAUCCAUUUUGCAGUUCGCCACCAAGCGACCCUCCAACAAAGAGUUAUCCAGCAGUAACUCCUCACUAAGUUCAACGUCGGAGACGGCCAAUGAGUCGACGUCACCCAACACCCCCGAGUCUGCACCACGAGUCCGCCGGAGGGGAGGCAUGUCUGUGGAUUCCAUCACAGACCUGGACGACAACCAGUCCCGCCUCCUCGAGGCGCUGCAGCUCUCCCUGCCGGCCGAGACGCAGAGCAAGAAGGAAAAGCACAGGGACAAACGUCUAAGCCUGAACCCCAUCUACCGGCAGGUGCCCCGGGUGGUCGACAGCUGCUGCCAGCACAUCGAGAAAUACGGUUUGCAGACUGUGGGAAUCUUCAGAGUGGGAAGCUCUAAGAAGAGAGUAAGACAACUGCGGGAGGAGUUCGAUCGGGGUAUCGACGUGCAGCUGGACGAGGAGCACAGCGUUCACGACGUGGCGGCUCUGCUGAAGGAGUUCCUCAGGGACAUGCCCGACGCGCUUCUAACACGGGAGCUCUACACGGCCUUCAUCAACACCACAUUGUUGGAUCUGGAUGAGCAGCAGAGCGUCACGCAGUUGCUGAUCUACCUUCUCCCAGCAUGCAACAGCGACACUCUUCACCGCCUGCUUGAGUUCCUGUCCACUGUAGCGGACCACGCCAACGACCAGCACACCAAGGACGGUCAGGAGAUUCCAGGGAACAAAAUGACGUCUCUAAACCUCGCCACCAUCUUCGGGCCCAACCUGCUCCACAAACAGAAGAGCUCGGAUAAGGAGUUCAGCGUCCAGAGCUCUGCCCGGGCCGAGGAGAGCACCGCCGUCAUCGCCGUGCUGCAGAGGAUGAUUGCAGGGUGCCAAACCCUCUUCAUGGUGCCCCCCGAUCUGCAAAAUGAAGUCUUGAUGAGCCUUUUGGAGACGGAUCCAGAUGUGGUCGACUAUCUUCUCAGGAGGAAAGCCUCACAGAGUCCCGACCUCCUUCAGCCUGAGGAGCCCUUCGCUCUGAGCGAGCGACGUUCGUCCAGCGACUCCAACAAGGUGUCCAGUGGUGAAGUUUCUCCUUACGACAACAAUUCGCCGGUGCUGAGCGAGCGAAGAGGGGACCCAGGGAGUCCAGCCGGUGACCAGCAGUUCCCUGUGGUGGAGCAGGUGGCCGACUGGAGUCGAGAGCCUUCCAAAGAGCAUGCUAACAUUUGGGGCACAUGGCACACCACUCUCAAGCCAGCUCUCAAGAAUCAGUCACAUACAGGUUCCCAUGGCAACAUGUCAGAGGAAAGCUCCCGCAGCUCUCAGGAAGGUCUUGAUGGACUCCACGGCGACGUCAAACUGCACACGGACGCAAAACGGACUCACACGACACCGGAGUGCAGAUCCCACCCCCCUGUAACCCGACUGUGCACGGCCCCCCACUCGGAGACGGGGCAGCCGCGGCUCCACCUGAACAUUAACCCCCCCGUGACAGCCCACCUGAACAGCAUGCCGGGCCCCCUCCAGUCACCAAGCGACGGACGCUCCCCUCCCCCCUACAACGCCCAUCACCGUGUGGCAGGCUCUCAGAGCUCGCCGCAGCUUGCCGUGCCCCCCCGGCCCCCGCCACAGCCCGGCAGGCCGACAAUGCCGCAGACCAACUCGGGCCAGAUGGUUCCGCAGAGUUCUGAGUGGCAGGACUGGCAGCGGGAACGGUGGCAGAUCUGGCAGCUGCUCUCGUCAGACAACGCCGACACACUGCCGGAGACGCUGGUGUGAUCUCAAGACUGUAGUCUCCAAAACCUUUCACUGACCACCCCUCUGUCUUUUCCUUCUCUUCAGAAUCCCCCUUUGAGCUCCCGCAUCUCGGCGCCAUGAAGUUGUUUACAUGCGCAGCUCCUGCCUUAUACAGACUUUUUUUUUCUUUUUAUCUACGAGCCACAAGUAUUUCUUCUUUGUAUGGAUUUUGUGACCUCUCUUUUUUUUUGUGAGUUAGGAGCCCACCAAAAAUACCUCAAAAUAUAUAUGCCCCUGUAGAGAAAACACCCAAGUAUUCCACUAAGAGUCAGCUUAUCCACCCUGAUGGAAAACUUUUUUUUUUCCAUUUUUUAAACACAUUUUAUUGCUUUUUUUUUUUUUGUACACAAACUCUAAGAUGUACGCAUCAUUAUUUGCUGCUAACUUUUUUUGUGCAUACUAUUGAUGUAAUUCAACCACGUUUCUGCAAAGAUCAAACUUUGAAUUAUGCUUUAAUGUUAAAUGUUAUCGGACUGUA